GUGGGGGACAGGAGCCACAGGGACAGGAAGGAUGUGGGACACAAAAGACAUGUGGCAGACACAGAGGUCACAAAGGAUGGGGGAUACGUGGGACACGAAGGACAGGAGACUUGAAGGACACGAGAUGUGAACCCGGACACAAAGGACGGGGGGUGCUGAGGACAUGGGGACGUGGAGGAGGGGGGGACAUCAAAAGUGAGGGAGACAAAGGAUGGGGGAUGUGAAGGGCCUGGGGACACGUAGCAGCAAGGACAAGCUGUUGGGGGUGAAACGGAGAACCUUCUUCCCUGGGCAGUUGCCAGGGAAGGUGAAAAAAUGAUUCUUUUUAGCUCAAAGAUGUUUUUUAGAAUUUAAUAACAGAAAAACAAUUCUUGUGGAGGGGCUGGGAGCGUGGGUGCUCACUCCCCCUUCCAAAUCAUGACCAAGCCCGCAGUUCACUCGGUUGCAGGAAAGCAAAUAAUGCUUGUUAAAAAAAAAAAAAAAAAUCACAGAGAAGUGGCCGACCCGAAAGGGGAGUUUUCCAGAAGGUUCCUUGCCUGCGGCACCUGGGCAUCUUGUCCAGGGUCACAACUAUAGCCUGAGUGGGAUUUCCCAGGAACAGGAAAAUCUGACCUGGUGGUAGUGCCAGUUGGGGCCACCAGCUCCUGAUCGCUCGCCGGAGGAGAACCAGCUGCUACUUCUACCCCCGCGCCUGGCCCAGCGUCAGGAGCGCGGACUGGUGGGAGCGGGUGGUCCUGAAGGAGUUUGGCCCGCAGGACUGGCUGGAGAAGUUUCGGAUGUCCAAGGAGACCUUCUUCUAUGUCUGCAACCAGCUGCGGCCUGGUCUGGCUCCACACAGUGCCCACUUCCACCCCACCCUGCCCCUGGAGAAGAGGGUGGCCGUGGCCCUGUGGCACUUGGCCACCAACGUGGAGUACCAGACUCUCAGCCCGCUCUUCGGUGUGGGGCCCUCCACGGUGCAGACGUGUGUCCGGGAGGUGAGCUAUGCCGUUGUCUUGCUGCUGAAGCCCCUCUACCUCCGGCUGCCCAACGAGAAGGAGCUGGAGAACAUGGCGCGCAUCUUCUGCACCCGCUGGGGCUUCCCACAUUGCAUUGGCGCCCUGGACAGCCUUCACAUCCCCAUCCACCCGCCCCUGCGCCUCAGCGCUGACUACUACAACGGCCAGGGCUGGCACUCCAUCCUGACGCAGGCCACCGUGGACGGGCUGGGCCAGUUCUGGGAUGUCUCCACCGCCUUUCCCGGCAGCAUGGAGAACAGCGCGGUCCUGGAGAGCUCCAGCCUGUGGGUGCUGGCCAAGGAGGGCCGGCUGUGCCCCAACCCUCCCAAGCAUUUCAUGGGGAAGGCGCAGAAGUAUGUGCUGCUGGGCGAUGCCACCUACCCCUUGCAAGACUGGAUCCUCAAGCCCUACCAGGAGGAUGAGAACCUCACCCAGCGGCAGCUGCAGUUCAACUACCGCCUGAAACGGGCGCACAGCGUGAUCGAGAACGCCUUCCUGCGCCUGAAGGCGCGCUGGCAGAUCCUCCUGAAGUGCGACGACUGCAGCCUGGAGCUGCUGCCCACCCUCAUCCUGGCCUGCUGUAUCCUGCAUAAUGUCUGCGAAGCCCACGACAACCCCUUCAACGAGGAGUGGCUGGAGGGCACCGAGCCGACCGAGCUGCCGAAGCCCUGCCAGCCUGCCCCCGCCGCCAUGGAGGACGGCCGGGCUGAGCAAGUGCGCGAGCUGAUGUGCCAGUACUUCGAGAGCUGCGGGGAGGGCUGACGGGGCCGGAGGGGAGAAGCAGCCCCACGCACCCUUGCUUUGCAGACUGCCCGUGGACUGCGGCAAAUGCUGGCCCAGCAGCGCGGGGCUGUUCGGCAAAGGACUGCACCCUCUGCCGAAGGCUGCCGGCAGAGCGAGGGGGGCCGCACUGGCCGUUCCCGGGGGCGGGGAGGGGGGCGGCUGCGUCGUGCUCAUGCUGGUUUUGCCACAGCGGUUUCAGGCAGUGGAAUGUAUUUUGUGCCCUUGGUCUCUUCCAGGA